GGCCAAUAAAAAACUUGAACAAAUAAUGAAUAACCUGCGUUCGCGUCUGGGUCGAUAUAACCACUAGCAACUAGACUUUCAGUAUAAACAGCUCGGAAUCGAGACUCACAUCAACUCAAAGUAAAGUUGAGUUUUGAGUAAAAAAUUUACAUGCAAGGAAGAUACAUUUGUAACAAAUUGUGGAUUGUUUCUCAGAGAGAGCUAUUUGAACUGUUCAGUGGUUAUAAAGUCGUCGAUUCAAGAAGGGAAGACAACUUCCGGGUCAGUUAAAACCGUCGUCCGUACAAAAUACAAUGGCAUCAGACCCAACAGAACAAGAAGAUAUUCGUGACCAAUUCUCAGAACUGGUUUCUUGUGACAUUUGCCUUGAAGUUCUUGUCAACCCUCGACUAUUGCCUGCUUGUGACCAUUUUUUUUGUCUUAAUUGUAUUGAAUCAUUGAUUAAGAACAAACGCCAGACUUGCCCAACAUGCCGGAAACCAUGGGAUGUACCGGAUGGAGGACCUGCUGCUUUACGACCCAGCCGCCUUGUCAAUAAAAUGAAAGACAUUCUCGAAUCGCCUUCCCCAGCAAGAACAGCUAGACAUGAAGACCAAGCUGCUCCAGAUUUGAGUGAUAUCACCCCAUUGAAUGAUGCGAUGCGUGAUAUUUCCUUAGCUAAUGACGCAGCAAACAUCUCUAGUGAUGGUGGUAAUAACAGCCAUUCUGUGCACACAUCCGAGGAUGAUAUCCGGACAACUCCUAGGCUCCGUGGCCAUAGCCCAAAGCUAAUCAAAGUAAAUAGCCUAGAUAGAGGAGCCUGUAAAUCCUACAAAAUAUGGGAUAUGGCUGUAGUGACAUCCGGACUUGAUGUUGUGCUAGGUGUUGUGAGAGAAUACACAAUCGCAUUCUACAAAAGAGCAGCUAACAAUAGCUUUACACCAAUCAAGACAGAAAAACAAAGAAUGCGGCGGGUUGUCUCUACUCAAGACAACCAUUUUGCAUUUACUAACAAAACUGAUACGAUCAGAAUCUAUACACAGGAAGGAAGUCUAAGUCAACGUAUCCGUUGCCAACUAAGCAGUGUAGAAGGAAUCGCAUUUACCAGUGAUGGACAUUUAGUAGUGGUUGAUGUUGAGACUAAGACCAUCUUGUUCAUUGAUUAUCAUACACAGGAGGAAGUGAUGAGGACUUUAAUAGGUCAGAAUGAUGUUUCCGAAACCAUGCAUAUUGCCGUGAAUGAGAGCAACAAUGUGGUAAUAUCUGACUGGGGCAAUAACCGUAUCAUAGUGAUAGGCAGAGAUGGCCAGACGCUAGGAUCUGCUGAUGGACAACUGUCCAGUCCAUAUGGCGUGUGUACUGAUGGCGACCACAUAAUAGUAGCUGAUUCCAAAAACCAUAGAGUCAGUCUGUAUAGUCCUAGCGGUGAAUUGGACCUACAAUUUGGCCAACACCUUCUUACCAAGGAUAAUGGUACUGAGUACCCAAGAGCUGUAGCUAUAGACGAUCGAGGACAUUUAUUGGUUGGAGAUCGCAAUGGGAACCUGUUUGAGAUUGAAUUUAAACAGUGAAUUGAAUACUUGGAACUACCAACGAAACAAAAAACAAACAGUUCAAUAGCCAAACAAGCUAAUAACUCCGAUUGGAAAUAAUUCAAUGUAAAAUCAGGUAUAUCGUACACAUCUUUGAAUUCCUAAAAUUGUUUAAAGGGUUUGAUCAGGAUGGUUUUGGAUGGCCUGGCAGGAUUGGACAUGCUAAAUAUGAUUAAAUAGCUAAUCCAUGGACUUGGUUUCCAGUAUAUGCCUUUUAUCGUUAAAAAUAUAUCGUAUACAGGGUGAGCCAAAAGGGGUAACUCACAUUUGCCUCCAGAGGCGAGACCGGGGCAUGUUUUGUAAAAUUACCAUUUGCAUUAGACCACUGAUUCUUCGUACUGAAUUAGGUGAUCUUAAACCCUUGCUGAAUGACUGAGUUAUUAACAUUUGUUUGGGUAAUGGGUUACCUUUUUUGGCUCACCUUGUAUAUUCACUUAUUGAAUUCCCGAGAUUGAGAUUGUAUAAUAUGUAAAUAAUUUAUACCCGAUUUUCUCUAAAUAAUAGACCUAUGGUGUUUAUGGGACUUGAUAUAUAUUGAAAUGAUAUAUCUUGUAUGAUAAUACGAUAUGAUACAUUAAUGAGACUUGAUAGUGAAAUGAGCAGGGCUGAGGACAAUAACAGAUUUUCAAAAUAUCAAUAAAUGUAAAUGGCACAUAAUUACUUUGAUAUGAUAUUUUUAUUAUCCUUCAAUUAGAGUACUACUACUCAAAAAGUUCUGGUUCUAC